AUGAUACCAAUAAAUAUUAAAACAAAUAAAGAGAUGUCAGACAGAAAGAUUGGGUUUGAUAAUACUACAUCAGAGAGAAUCUGGGGAACUUUUAUGCCUUUUCUAUGUAAAAUAUUUAAUGUCAUUGACAUAGAAGGAUCCAAACUUUUCAAUCCAGAUGUUGAGAAUGAUGAGAAUUUCAUUCUCAUCCUACUUUCAUCGUUUAAUAAUAAUCUUUCACCUAUAGAUAAAUCGAUCACAUUACUGCUAUCUUGCACAAUCUUUCCUAAAGCCUCUUUCCUUCCACUUGAUGAGACUACACCACCUAUAGCACUUGUGUUAGUCAAACCACUCCUUAGAAGUGGAGUUGCGUCAGCUACAGAUCCAUACUUUUCACUAGAGAUAGACGAACUUCUGAAAGAAGAUGAUUGA